UCUCUCUCUCUCUCUGCUUCUUCGUUCAUCGAGGGUAGGAAGGAAUCGAGUUUUUCUUGCCAAACCUGAGAAAUACUCCACUACCUUGACUUUUCUACCAGCAAUCAACGAGUCUAUAGUGGUAAUACAAAGUGGCUUGUUCGGGUGAACCACAUGCAGCACACAUUGUGAGCCUCACUGCGAACACACGGACGAGGAACACCCACGCAAUAGUUGAGCCUCCCAAAAUGUACGACCACGGACUUAAGUGACUCUAUAUGGAAAGUGGACGACGGCCUAAACAGAGACUUGAUGCUCUUUUCCCCUCAAUAACCUCAUAUGGAAAAGCCCUGGUGCAAAUAAUAGCUGAUAGAACUGACAAGGCGCUAAAGACAGUUUUGAAUAUAGCAUCAGGCACUGAACGUAUUCGAGUGUCACCUUUGUUCUUGGAGGCACGAUGUUUAUCCUGCAUUUGAAUCCAGACGAUUUGAAGAGAAGGCCAACUUCUGGAUGACUCAUCCGUCCAAAUCCUGGGCUUCCUAAAUCCUAAACUGAAUGGCUGCACUGAUCUCGGCUCCGACCCUUCGAUUGACGCACGAUUCGAGACCAAACAGUUAUCCCGACGAAUUCAUCCCUUUGUUGAGCAACGGAAGAGCUUCAACCCUGUCAAGGUCAAAUACGUUGUAGGACUUGAAAUUCCUAGCCAUCUCUCGCUCCGUUCGUUCUUUUUCAUCGUUUUUGAACAUUGAGCUCGAACACCGAGCUCGAACACGGAGCGCAAGCCCAGUCAAGCCCCGCCAGGCCCGGUCAGGGCCUAAAGUGCCUUCUAGGUGUGCUCAUUCUCCUCAUCCGUUGCAAGCCCAAGAGGUGCAAUAUUCUUGAGCAGUUGUUUCCACACAUAUGCACGUUGUAUUCCAUACUUGGAAUUGGUAGUUGAUCCCUGUACUAGAUCUCAUCCAACUUCAGAAGUCAUGGCUUCUCUCACAGUCCAGAACAACAGCCAUGCUCAGCAACACCUGCCUUACCGAGAUUCAGAAUGGGAUCGUAAACUAGACAACAUGUUGGAAGAUUUGGAGACCUCUGCAGCUUUAGGUACUGAUUCUUGGGGCACCGUCGGUGGUAGUGCUGGCAAUGCUACUACUAGUGAUAACCGCAGUUCUGCAGGUCGAAUUGGCGGCGGGAGCAAUUCGGGCAGCGGAGCUGUACAACCUUUUGGAGGGGCGAUGAGCUCAUCAUCAAAUUUUAGUCAGUCGUCUUCAGGACACCAAAGCCGUCAACAGGCACUUCUCUCAACAAGUUCUUCAAAAGUCCGGAGUUACUCAGCCUCGAGAGCUCAGAGUGCAUCAUCUUCGACUCAGAGGAAUCAACAGGGCAGUUCGGGCUUCGACCAUCUGGACACUGGAUUUCCAUUAGAAAAAUCAACCAGUGGCAAUUCGUUGCACAAAAGUGCCGACAACAUGUUGAAGGACCUGGAGGGGUCGCUGAAGGCCUCCACCAACUAUAUUGAAUCUCAUCGAUCACACUCUGGUCCAACGGGCUCUGAAGAAUAUCAUGAGUAUCGGGCUUACUCAAACGGAGGAGCGCCUAAAACCGAUUUUAACUUGGAGCGGCAAGUCCAACAUAUGAUGCCGUCCGGGAACAUGGGAACUGCUCCCAAUACUGCUUUGAGUACCAACAACAAUUACAAUUCUGGCCUCCAAUCCGCGAACAUGAUUUCCUCCAUGCAGCAUAGUAAAUCUUCAUCAUCAUCCUACUAUGUUAACAAGGUGCAGACCAAUUCAUACUCCAGCAAUGGGGAUCGCAUGAUCCAACAACCGCAACCGCCACAGCAACAGCCGCCACCAAUCCGCUACGGACAAUCGGACGAUGAAAGACCCGGGUCUCGAUUGAAGCAAAACAUUGACGAACUGGACAAUCUCCUGGACGACUUGAACAACGCCAAGAAGAUGUCGGACACCGGCGGGGAUUAUACUGCGUCAGGCAUGUCAUCGGACGACUACAGUUUUAGCGAGGGACAUCAAGGUCAUGUGAAGAAGACAUCGCAGUCCUACAAUAUGAGUGACUACAACGCCUAUUCGAACACGAAUAGCGAGUUCUCUUCCCGAAAACCGCCCUCGCCUUCUCCUCGACGUCGUGGUCCUACACCGGUUUUGGCCAGUCCCUCAACGGUUCGUCGAAUGAGUCCCAGUCCUUCCACUACGAGAAGGCCAAUGGAUGGACCCCCCAUGGGACCAAACGGAAUCAAUUCGUCGUACUCUUACAACUAUAGUAGCCACAACACCACUUCCAACACGGGCGGCCCCCCCUCGUUUCCUUCAAAGUAUUGACCUUUUCCUCGAAGCGAAGUCAUCGUGUUCCUUUCCUUGCAUGAGAGUAAACACACGUGCCUAUUUUUGAUCUGCCUAUCAUCGUCACCUUCAACUUUCUGGCACUCUCCAAUCAUUUCUUUCCGCUCUGUUCCGCACACCCGUUCCAGUACGUAUGAAUCAUUGGACCCGUCAAGAUUAAGCCUUAACCCAACUGAGAGCCGCCAUUCUGACUCUCUCGACUUGAAAAUGGAGUUCACCUUCAAACGAAGCAACAAUCUGCCACUCUGAGACAGGCAUGCCCCCUCCAUUCCUCUUUUUCUUCCCUUUCUCCAUGAAAACACCUACACAUAUUUUUUGAAUGAAUGCCUCUCUAUUUGAAUUCAAAUUGGUCAAUCUCGUAAAACUGUCUCAAAGUACAUAAAGAAGUGAGUCAGAUGGACUUUGCAUAAAUGUUGGAGUAGGUUGAAAAAAAAAAUCAAUGAAUGAAAGGAUGUUCAGAAUGAACCAUAAGUGAGAACCAAUCAAAUUUCCAAAUUGUUUUCUUUGCCAACGUAACUGAGAAUGGUGCUAACCUUGUCAAAAGCGAACUUCAGCAAUGAUUGAUUGGCUGUAUGUUUUAGUGCAUCUCGAACCUACUGAAGAUGUGAGAUCCAUUAGGAUUUUAAUGCAAAAUAAACUCCCUUUACUAACUUAUUCAUUAACACAUCAUUACGGAAAAAGUAUAUUUACCCAACAAUGUUUGUCUUAAUAUUGAUGUAUUUAUCAAAUAUUAUUCUACACUAAACAUUGAAACAUAGUAUUGCUUUGUGUUGUAAGAAUCAUUUCAAUCCGAAGCGAUAAUUCUCAACCAUAUGCUAUAUGCUAUCUUCAAUCUUGGCAGACCUCACGUGUGUUCUCAUUGAAUAAACAAUACUGAUCAUGA